AGAGGACGGUUCGUGUCCCAGUUGCUCAUCACAGCCUGUAGUUCACCUCUGAAACCGUUUUAUCCUUUUUUUGUUUUGUGAGGAAUCCCUACGCCACCAUGAAUCCGCCCUGUGGAAGAUGCAAGAAACCAGUUUACCCCACAGAAAAAAUAAACUGCCUUGAUAAGUAUUGGCACAAAGGUUGUUUCAGCUGUGAGGUAUGCAAGAUGGCCCUGAGCAUGACGAACUACAAAGGAUUUGAGAAGAAACCUUACUGCAGUAUGCAUUACCCCAAAACCUCCUUCACCAUAGUGACCGACACCCCCGAGAACCUGCGUCUCAAACAACAGAGCAUGCUCAACAGCCAGGCACUCUAUAAGGAGGACUUUGAAAAGAACAAGGGGAAAGGUUUCAGCGUGGUGGCCGACACUCCAGAGAUGCAGAGAGUGAAGAAGACACAAGACCAGAUCAGUAAUGCUCUUUACAAGGAGGACUUUGAAAAGAGCAAGGGGAAAGGUUUCAGUGUGGUGGUCGACACUCCAGAGAUGCAGAGAGUGAAGAAGACACAAGACCAGAUCAGUAACAUAAAGUACCAUGAGGAAUUUGAGAAGAGCAAAAUCCGAAGUGACGCACCUCCUCCCGAAAACAGACAAGACUACGAAGAGCAGACACCCAACCCUGAAAGAUUCAGACAGCCAGCCGGACAAGUGCACCCUGCUGCUGUAGCACCACCUAGUGGAGCGAAGCGUUACCAGGCCAUGUACAGCUACACGGCAGCAGAGGCAGAUGAGGUUUCUCUCCUGGAGGGGGAUGUGAUCCUGGACGUGGAGCCGAUAGACGAGGGGUGGGUGUUCGGAUGCAACCAGCGUACAGGGCAGCGGGGCAUGCUCCCUGCUAACUACGUCCGACCUGUGUGAAGCAAACAGACAUUAGGCCGUCCAUUUCCAGCAUCAGCUACCCCGUGAAUCUUCUGUCAACACCUACAAUCAGGCCUCUUCUCGAAAUUACCUUUUGCAAAUGGAAAAAAAAAAAAAAAGAAAAAGAAAAAAAAAGCUGUUCAAAAAAAUAGUCUUCCCUGCCUGGUCCUGCUUUGGUUUUCAAAAUAUGUUAUGGGUUCUUGAAAAAUUAGAUUAAUGAUGGAAUUUCACUUCAGGGAAGAUCAAUGAUACUAAAGGUUGAAGUGAAAAAGGUUUUAUGUUAUAGAAAGUAGGAGGAAAGCAGAAGGAAUAAAUUCACAAAAAAACAGGAAAUAAAAAAUUAUUAACUACAAUACUUCACACAUGUAUAAUUUUAUCUUUCUCAGGUAAUAUUUACCUUUUUAUGUAAAAGUGCAGCCUUAGCUUUGGACUGACUAACAGAUGCAGUCACUUGUCAAAUCAGUGUGUAAUGUCCUGUUUGUAUCACUAACUGCUUGUAAUUCCCUUAAAAUGCUUGUUUGAUAUAUUGAAUAAGAGAAACUCAUAUUAUUAAAUCCUUUUAAAGCUGA